CUCUGUUACUGUACGGACGACACGAAAAUACAAACAAACCCAGUACUGGAAGUUUAUUUUAAAUAUUUUUCUAAUUUAUUUUAUCAUAUUUUAUGGUUAAAUAUUGUAUAACUUUAAAACGCAUAAUAAAUACCCCUCGUUUGUGAUGACCUUGAACUGCAGUAGCUACAAGUGACAGAAUGAAGGUGCUGCUGUUAAAAGAACCCAGAGAGAGCGAGGGUGGAGCAGAUCCAUACAUCAAGGAGCUGGCAGCAUGUGGACACUCGGCUACACUCGUCCCCGUCCUGGCGUUCCAGUUUGUCUCCCAGACUCGUCUGUCAGAUCAGCUGUUUGAUCCGGAGAAACACGGGGGGCUCGUGUUCACCAGUCCCAGAGCGGUUGAGGCUGUGAGAAGGUGUAUUGAGAACAGAGAAGAGUGGAACACAGUGAAGGAACAGUGGAACGCGAAGUCUGUGUAUGUGGUGGGGAGAGCGACAGCAUCGUUAGUUGAAGCUCUAGGUCUGAAGCCCCUCGGUGAACACACAGGCACGGCUGACGUUCUGUCUCGACUCAUCAUCGAGAGAGAAAACUCUGCAUCUCUGCCCCUGUUCUUUCCCUGUGGCUCACUGAAGAGGGAAGUGCUGCCCACUACACUGAGACAACAUGGUAUUUCUCUGGAGACUCUAACAGUCUAUGAGACGGCUGAACAUCCAGAUCUGGAGAAGAACAUCACAGCCUACUUCACAGAGCAGGGAGUUCCAGCCAGCGUCGCUUUCUUCAGUCCUUCUGGAGUGAAGUUUUGUCUGGAGCUGGUAAAGAAGCUGGCUGGAGAACAUCUGGACCAGAUCAAGUUUGCCGCUAUCGGCCCCACCACAGCCGAUGCUCUACAGGAAGCCGGAGUGGGCGUCACCUGCUCGGCUCAGAAACCCACACCUCAGCACCUGGCCGCAGCCAUCACACACAGCCUAAACGACGACCUCUGUGCAGCUGGCUUUCCUCUCCCAAUAAAAACCGAGUGGCACGUGCACGCGCAGGUGCGCUCACAGCACGUGGUAACAUCAGUGAUGCCAUCACAGAUGAUUGUUUUUGUCUUCAUGGCGGUCAUGGGCUCCGGUGUCUCGGAGAAACUCUUCCACAGUCGGGAUCACUCGGAUGUAGAGAUGUCCUCCUCUCACCUGGCCGAGCUGGUCACCGAUACCGACACUGCUCAGCACUUCCUGUUCAAGUAUGGAUUCAUGAAACCAGUAAAUUUGGAAAGCACCCAAAGCCCCGACUUUGACACUCUGACCGAUUCGGACAUCUUCUCCGAGGACACGGUUCAGGAUCGGACUUCCUCGUAUCACUCGGAAUACACCGAACAUCUCCCAGAGUCGCCCCACUUUAUCAGCGCUCUGCUGGAGUUCCAGCGUGUGUCUGGUUUACCCGUUACAGGCGUGUUUGACGACGCCACCAAAGUGGCCAUGAACAAACCACGAUGUGGCGUCCCUGACAAAGAAGAGGACCAGAGUGACACCAUGAAGACCAGCACCACUGCAGAGGACCUGAAUGAAUCCUCUGAGCCUUUCAAUGUCACCGCGACUGUGCAGAGUAACAACACUGACGUAGUUCAGAACAACACCUCUGACCAAGAUGAGCCGGAAAACAGAAAACAGCACCACCUACAGACACUCAUACAUAGGAAUAAAAGAAGCACCAGUGCUUUGUGGGGCCAUGCUGCGUUCUCGAAGAACGUCCUGACGUGGAGACUGAUUGGUGAAGGUUACAGCAGCCAGCUCUCGGUGGAGGAGCAGCGCCACAUCUUCAGGCUGGCCUUUAGGAUGUGGAGCGAAGUCUCACCUCUGCAGUUCGUCGAGGAUCUGCAUUCAUCACCGGACGAGAUCGACAUCAGACUGGGCUUCGGGACAGGUCGACACUUCGGAUGCUCUCAGAGUUUUGAUGGUGCUGGAAGGGAGUUUGCUCAUGCCUGGUUCCUGGGCGACAUCCAUUUUGAUGAUGAUGAACACUUCACGGCCCCCAACACAGGGAAUGGGAUCAGCCUGCUUAAGGUAGCUGUGCAUGAGAUCGGCCACGUGCUGGGUCUUCCUCACAUUUACCGCUCAGGAUCCAUCAUGCAGCCCAGCUAUCGACCCCAGGACGACGGCUUUGAGCUCGACUGGCUCGACAGGAAGGCCAUUCAGAACCUCUACGGAGGAUGCGGGGGUCGCUUCAGCACUGUGUUCGAUUGGAUCAGAAAGGAGAGAACGGCGUACGGUGAAGUGGUGGUGCGAUUUAACACCUACUUCAUGCGGAACGGUUGGUACUGGCUCUACGAGAACCGCAGCAACAGAACCCGUUACGGAGAUCCCGUCUCUGUGCAGGUGGGUUGGCACGGACUCCCGUCUUCCGGAGUGGAUGCCUACGUGCACGUGUGGAGCCGUGAGACGGACGCCGUGUAUUUCUUCAAAGGAGCUCAGUAUUGGAAAUACGACAGCGAGAACGAUCAGGUCUUUUCUGAAGACGCAGACGGACGACGUUACCCUCGUCUCAUCUCCGAGGGCUUCCCCGGCGUGCCCAGCCCCGUCGACACGGCCUACUACGACAGGAGAGACGCUCACAUCUACUUCUUUAGAGGUUCCAUGGUUUAUAGGUUCAGCGUCCAAGCUAACAAGCUGGCCCCUAAAUCUCCUCAGAAAAUCACAGAGUUGUUUCCCGCCCUGACCCCGGGCGACCAUCCCGCGAGUAACCUGGACGCUGCGUAUUUCUCGUACACGCACAACACCCUCUUCUUGAUAAAGGGCGCCUCCUACUGGAGGGUGGUGGGAAGGAGGGAGCGCAGGAUGAAGCGCUCGCUGCCCUACAACAGCCUGCUGCCUGCUCGAGAGGUGCAGCAGCAGUGGUUCGACAUCUGUGAUGUCCACGCCAGCGCCCUGAGAACUGACCGCCGGUGACGGUCAGAGACCGGGGCACUUACUCUGCAGUUUAGAAGACCAUCAAAGAUCAUCAUUGAAUUUUUUUACUGCACUAUCACGCUAGGUUUCUCGGAUUGUUUGCGUUCUCAUGAUUUGAAGCUUACUCUUUAGAGCGUGACUGAAAAACUACCUCAGCACUGACCUUUAUUUAAUCCUGAACAACUAUCUGAUCUAGUUCCUGACUCCAGAGCUUGUCUCGGGUUCUGCUUGACCGCCGCCUUCUCUCAGGACUCAAACCAAAACAACGUCGUAUUUUUCUCUCAGCAACUCUGUGUACUUUUCUCUCUCACUCCUUUCCUCUUUCAGCUGACAGGGUGAUAAAAACGGAAUAAUUUUACCAACAGGUUGUUCUCACAAUGAAAAAACAAUUAGGAGAUUACAUUUUAUUAUAUAUAUAUAUUUCCACCCUAUUCACACCUGGCAUU